AUGUUUGCCCUUGCCAUGCAAGCAGGCAGCAGUACAGGACCACCGAAGCCGCCCAUGACCGGCUUUCGGAGCAAGAGCUUCAACGUGCUCCCACCAGGGCCCCUGUUCAAGAAGCGCAAGUUUGCAGUGGCACGUUUUCAGCAGCAGCGCCCGCCCGGCUAUGACAGCAGGCCCGCGCGCUCGCCCCCUGGCCGCGCCACGCAGGGCGCGCCCGAGUUCAAGGGCGGGGACUGGCUGGCGGCGUUGGAGCGGCCGGAGGGGCGGCGCGCCAAAGACAUCGCCAAGUUGCAGCCGAGCAUGGUGCUUACAUGCCCAGACCCCGCCGGCGCCGCCUUGCCGCCGCUGGAGCAGCUGCGGGGCCUGCCGGAAGGGUCCGCCCUCAGCAGCUACUUCGUACUCAUGAAGCAGGGCAACGACUUUACUGCGCUGCCAGUGGACCAAGUCUAUGGUUUCAAGCCCGUCGUGCUGUGA